AUGGUGCCUCGAGCUACACCCCCUCCAGAAAAUCCAAAAAAUAAUGUGGCAUUAGUAGAACAGUUCAGAAAGUUGCAGCCUCCAACUUUUGAGGGCGAGUUAGACCCUCUUGUGGCUGAAGACUGGAUAUCCUCAAUUGAGCGGAUUUUCAAUCUCAUUAAUUAUCCAGAUGCUAGGAAAGUGGCAUGCGCCACAUUCAUGUUACAGCACGGAGCAAGGCAUUGGUGGGAUUCCACUUCUAGAUCCCGACCACAAGGACAUAUGUGGACUUGGGAGGAAUUCAAAGAACUCUUUCUUAAAAAGUAUUACCCUGCCAAUAUCCGUAAUCAAAAGGAAACAGAAUUUAUUGUGCUGAAGCAAGGUAGCAUGACCUUAGUUGAAUACAAAAGAAAAUUUGAUGAACUAUCACAAUUUGCUCUAGAGCUUGUGGAUACGGAGAAAAAGCAAGCCAGGCGAUUUGAACAAGGCUUAAGGGAUGAUCUACGAUAG